AUCUUUAUCAUCACUGAGAGCUAGGACCUGACACUUUUAUUAUGUCUAAUUUUGGUGACAGGGACUUGUCUAAAAAUCAGUUAAAGACAUUACCGCCGGGAGUUUUCAAUAACAUGACUUGGCUUCAUGGGCUUGACUUGUCCUAUAACCAACUAGAGGAAUUACCUCCAGAAGCUUUUAGUCACAAUCCCCAUCUUAUAGAGCUAUUCUUGAACAACAACAAGUUAAAGAAUUUGUCUUCUGAUCAACUUCCUUGUCGGAUUUACUUGUUUAACAACCAUACAAAACGUAUUAAGCACGUGCACGUNAUGGGUAGCUGGUAUGUGGCGGUGAAAAAGAAAGUAGCGUUUAGCGAACAUGUAGCGUUGCAACAAUAA